AUGGCGAAGAUUGUCAUAUUACCUUUUGGUAUUAACAUAUUACUACUGCCAUUACUAUUUAUAACGCAAAUAGUGCUUCUUAAUGCAAUUCCAAUUGAUAAUGGUGUUGAAGGUGAGCCUGAAAUUGAGUGCGGUCCUAUGUCAAUUACUGUUAAUUUCAAUACGAGGAAUCCAUUUGAAGGACACGUUUAUGUAAAAGGCCUCUAUGAACAAGAAGGAUGCCGAUCAGAUGAAGGUGGACGUCAGGUGGCGGGAAUCGAACUUCCGUUUGACACGUGUAACGUGGCACGUACGAGAUCAUUGAAUCCUCGUGGAGUAUUCGUAACAACCACUGUAGUCAUCUCAUUUCAUCCAAUAUUCAUUACCAAAAUUGACCGAGCCUAUCGGAUACAAUGCUUUUACAUGGAAGCUGACAAAACAGUCAGCUCUCAAAUUGAAGUUUCUGAAAUUACCACAUCUUUCCAAACACAGGUGGUGCCAAUGCCUGUCUGCAGAUAUGAAAUUUUGGAUGGAGGUCCAACAGGUCAACCAAUUCAAUUUGCUACAGUUGGUCAACCAGUAUACCAUAAAUGGACGUGUGAUUCAGAAACAGUUGACACAUUUUGUGCUGUGGUACAUUCAUGUUUUGUUGAUGAUGGAAAUGGUGAUACAGUGGAAAUUCUGAAUGCUGAAGGCUGCGCACUGGAUAAGUAUUUACUGAAUAAUUUGGAAUAUCCAACUGAUUUGAUGGCUGGUCAAGAAGCACAUGUUUAUAAAUAUGCUGAUCGUUCGCAGCUUUUUUACCAAUGCCAAAUAUCAAUUGCGAUUAAAGAGCCAAAUGCAGCUUGCGAGCGACCAAAAUGUGAAGAACCGCAAGGAUUUGGAGCAAUAAAACAAAGUAAUGCAGGUAGUAAAGCUGAAGUAGGUCGAAGUUCAUCUGCAGCACAACUGAGAUUAUUAAAGAAACGUGCUGCUGACUAUGAUACUACUUUGGAUGUAAGAACUGAUAUCAACACUUUGGAUAUUAUUGAUGAGAAUGCAAUAAUACCGGAAGAACUUCGACAUCGAGCACGAUUACAGUAUGGUAAUCUAGUUACAAUGGCCUCAUCAAUGUACGGUCAGAAUACUAUUUGCCUAUCACCGAUAAUAUUUUCAUUACUAUUUGCUUUUGGAAUGCUAGUAGUUGCUGCUCUAAUUGUUUAUGCUUCUUAUUCACGUAGACAAAAGUUAUGA